GAGGAAGCCAGGCAGUGCGCCAAUUUGAAUGAAUGGACUACCCAAUCUAUCGACCACUCUAUGUGUCUCUCUCCAGUGUUCUAGUAAAUGGUAAGAAUACUUCGAGCCUAACUAACCUGAGGAGGCUUGAAAGACCACGUGAGGAGAGGCUGGUACGAUUUGGCCAAUGAGAUGAAGUUACUAUCUACAGCCGCCUCAAAGGCGGGACCUCUCCGCUAUGAUGCUUAUUGUCCAUAUCGGUUAUCCGCUUCGGUGACCUCGUGAUGGUCACUGUCUCUCCGCCGGUGGAUGAAAGAAGCAUUGGAAUAUAAAUUGGACGCUCUGCCACUUGUAUAAUGCCAACUCACCUUUCAAAGCCAGUCACGAUUUAAAACACACAUACCAGAGGUAACUAAUACAGUUAAUAUCAUUAAUACCAUAAUACCCCACCAUAUAAAACCAUGAGGUUCCAACUCUCGUCACUAUCUGCUGGCCUCCUCGCCGCCGCAGUAUCUGCCCAAGACCCCGUGCAGACCGGCCCGUUCAACCUUCACAUAAAGGGGAAAGAAGGCAGCUCUAUUGACGGAUAUGCCGGCUCCUGCCAUGCCGGCGCCGCCAUCGAGGGAUUAUGCUACAACGAAGGAUCGCUUCCCGCAGGAAAUUACGUCGAGUACUACUUCAAUGCAUCUAGCUACACCAAGGUCGACGGCGCGGACGUCGGCAAGCUUAUCUGGAAGCUUCCUUACACCGACGGAAGCGGCGGCCAGGCCACGGUCGACCAAGGUCUGGCGCUCCAGUUCACCGUGAACAGCAACGUCGCGGCGGCGAUGUUUGGAUUUGGCAGCUACUCCGUUGAUCUCGGUUUCGACAAGGAAGGCAAGCUGUUCGGCGUGUCCUACAUCGACGACUCCACGUUCGAGCCCGGAAAGAGUCCGUUCCCUAGUGGCAAUGCAACGGCCGACUACCAAUGGUAUGCUUGCUGGCAAUACUUUACUGGCUACUACUACCAAUCGAUUGGAUGGGCUUCGACCUCGCCGCCUCACAACCCUACCUGUGAGCCUGUCGAUAUUUUCCAGGAGUUCCCGUCCUCUUACUAAGGGAACAUGAUAUUUCGCCCGCCCCACCGUUCUAGUUUUGCAUCACGUUAGUUACGAAUGGGCCGAAACUCGAUGGAAUUAGGUCCUGGCACGAAAGCUGGGUUUGGCGGUCGCAUGAUUCAUGAAGUGUAUGAAGGCUAAGGUAUACGACUAGUUGCGGGAUAUAGAAACGAAAAUAGUCUUAAUUCUACUUAUUAUACUCUGAAGAAUGUACUCAGUACUCAAAAAGAGGACCGAGGCUAUUAACUACCUCCUAUGACAGGUGUUUGUUUGCUUCCCUUCGG